AUGAGUGUGUCUGCAAUCAAAUUAACAUGCCGUUUCUGCUCCUUCACAAAUUCUUCUAUCAAGGACUACCUGAGUCAUCAGACUAUCCAUCGGCAUGUCAAUAGACACUUUCCUUGUGGAGUGGAUGAUUGUAAGUGUGUGUGCACUUCUGAGGCUUACCUGCGAACACACCUUAUUCGUGUACAUGGGCUACAAUGCAAGCAAGGAACGCUAUAUCCAUCAGCUCCUGUUGUUCCUUCCUCUCGUGAUGGAGUUUAUGUGUGCUCGCUUGCUGUUUGCAAGAAAAAAUUCCAUACCUGUAAAGACCUUAGCAAGCACCUCAGAAUGCAUCUCCUGUCAGGUAUAGCCAUACGUUGUCCAUUUCCUGCUUGUACUCAAGUUUAUCGCAACGUAAGCUCUUUUAGUUGUCAUAUGAGCAGAAUGCAUCGGGGAAAAGAAGGGCCAGUUCAAGUUCCUUGUGAUGAUCCUAGCAACUUUGUCUGUGCAGAAAUGCUGCCUGAAAUAAUUACAGCUGCUCAAACUGAAGAUACUAUUGAAGAGACCAUUGAGCCAAUUCUAUUCGAUCAUGAGGUCUAUCAGGAGUGCCUGGCUACUUUCUUUUUGAAGCUUGAGUUUCAGUGCUUAAUACCAGCAAGAACAGUGCAGUAUAUUUCAAAGGAAUUUCAGCUACUGCAUGAACAGUCAUAUAAUGAGGUGUCUUCUAAAUUGAAAAAAAAAGUUCUUCAAGAAAAUAUUACUGCACAAAACUUAGAGACUGUCCUACGUGAAGCAUACAGCACCCAUCAGAAAAGCCAUCAUAAUUUGAGAAGCAGUCAUACCAGAACAGAGUUUUAUAAGAAGAAGUUUGAUUUUGUUAAACCUGAAAAGCUUCCCUUGGUCAAACCAAAAUGUUAUUUUUUUUAUGUUCCAAUAGCUGAGACUUUGAAAGCUGCUUUCAGGGACAAGUCAAUUACUAUUAGCCUAGAGCCUCCUGUACAAUUGGACCCUAAUAUUUUAGAAGAUAUUACAGAUGGACUUGUUUACAAAAAUAAUCCAUUUUUUCAACAAAAUCCAAGAUCAAUUCGGUUGAUGCUGUAUCAAGAUGGAUUUCAAGUUUGUGCUGGCUAUGGAAAGAACAAACACAAAAUUACUGGUGUGUACAUGAGCAUUUUGAACAUUCCUCGUCACAUUCGCACUCAUGUAAAUUCCAUCCAUCUUGUGGCCCUAUACAAAGACAAAGAAUUUAAUCACAAGAAGGUGUAUGGCCAAAUUGUGAAAGAUUUGAAAGAUCUUGAAACAAAUGGUGUUCUCUUACCACAGCAUGGGACUGUUAAGGCUGGCUUAGUAUGUAUUUCAGGUGACAAUUUAGGUCAUCAUUCCGUUGGAGGCUUCAAUGAGAAUUUUAGCAGGAGCACCUUUUUUUGUCGCUAUUGUCUAGUUGAUCGAGCAUCAUUUCAUGCUAAUCACUAUGAGCAGUUCCCUCUGCGUACACCAGAGUCCUAUAAUGAUUGUUUAAGAGCUGGUCCCCGCCAUAGGAUGGGUGUCAAAUUUGACAGUGAGUUUAACAAGCUGGAUCACUUUCAUGUAUGCAAUCCAGGCCUUGCGAGCUGCCUUGCCCAUGACCUUCAUGAAGGUGUAGUUGCUCAUGAUCUGGCAUUAUUUGUGAAUUAUUUUGUCUCUGAAAAGUGGUUUACUGUCCCUGAACUCAAUGAAAAAAUUGACAGUUUUAAGUACAAUUGUGCUGACUACAGGGAUAAGCCAAACACUUUCACCGAAGGUUGUGAAAAAAUUUCAGGCGGAGCAAUGCAAAUUUGGUGCUUUCUGAGGUUGCUCCCUCUACUUAUCAAGGAUUUGGUUGAUGACUGGGAAGAGAAGCAGAACAAUUUAGUGUGGCGGGCACUGCUACUUUUAAGCGAAAUAGUGGAACUUGUUUCUGCGCCUUACUCUCAUACUUCUGUGCUUGCUUACCUAGAGUCUAUUGUUUAUGAUUAUCUUGAUUUAAGAAAACUGACAUUCCCUGGUGUAUUGCUACGCCCAAAACACCAUUAUUUAACACAUUACUCAUUUUUAGUGUAUUUCUUUGGAGGACUGGCUCAGGUAUGGACCAUGAGAUUUGAAUCAAAGCACUCCUUUUUUAAACGCUUUGCUCGAAUGCUCAAGAACUUCAGAAAUAUUUUAUUCUCGUUCAGCCUAAAGCAUGAAUUGUUCAUGAGCUACUUGAGAACUGGAGUUAAUCUGCAAUGUGAAAUCAAACCUAAUGUGUCAGGAGAGUUUCAUGGAAACCUGUACUCUUUAGAUAUACAAAGAGCCUUCCCAGAAAAUUUACCAGAUCUCAUGCAGGAAUGUGCAUCUAUUGUAGUAAAAGGCACAGUGUAUAAAAAAGGAAUGUUGUUACUAGUGCAGCAAACUCACUAUCAGUGUGAAGUCCAGUUUGGAAGAAUCGUUUUAAUUCUUCAUGACAAUAAUUUAGCAGUAUUUUUCCUUGUUGAAGUUCUGGAAGCAGAAUUCAUUGAGCACUUAAGGGUGUACAAGCUGGGUGUGAGGAAGAUGUACAGGUGUGUAGAACAUUCAUCUUUGUUAUCAUAUUCUGUUGUCCGUGAUUAUAAGAUUGGUACUGCUACUUUUGUUCGCCUGCAGAGCAGUAUUUUCUGUGGCAAUGUUCUGAUGUAA